GCCCAGCCCCGGGCCGCGCGGUGCCAUGCUGCCCCGGCGGCGGCGCUGAAGGAUGGCGACGCCUGUCCCUCCGCCCUCCCCGCGGCACCUGCGGCUGCUGCGGCUGCUGCUCUCUGGCCUCGUCCUCGGCGCGGCCUUGCGCGGUGCGGCCGCCCGCCGCCCGGAUGCAGCCGUCUGUCCUGGGAGCCUGGACUGUGCCCUGAAGAGGCGGGCGCGGUGCCCCCCGGGGGCACGUGUCUGCGGUCCCUGCCUUCAGCCCUUCCAGGAGGACCAGCAGGGGCUCUGUGUGCCCAGGAUACGCCAGCCUGUGGGGGAGGGCUUGCCCCAGCCCAGACUGGAAGAUGAGAUCGACUUCUUGGCCCAGGAGCUAGCCAGGCAGGAGGUGGGGCACUCCAGGCUCACGGCCCCACCCCAGCCUGAGGGGAGACAGCGGCUCCCGGAGGCCGCAUCCACCUUGGGGCUCUCAGAGCGUGGCCGGGGCCCCAACCUGAGCCUCCCCUCCACGCGGGGAGCGCCCACGCCCCGCACCUCCUCCCUGCGCUCCGCUGUGUCAUCUGGGCCUGUGCACAUGUCCCCGCUGGAGCCACGGGGCGGGCGCGGUGACAGCCUUGCCCUCCGUAAGUCUGGCCGGGCGGGGAGGCAGGGUCCUGCCCGAAAGGCUGCCCUCACUGCGCCCCCUCCCUGCAGUGCUGAUCGUGGCGUGCUCCGUGGCCGGCGCGGCCGCCCUUGCCGUGGCCGUUCUCUGCUGGUGUCGGUGAGCAUGGGGCCGGGCUGGGGGUGGGCGGCCGGGCCGCCGGGCGGUGACCCCGCGGGUCUCAGGUGUGGUGUCUCCACCCCCCGCAGGCUGCAGCGAGAUGUUCGCCUGACCCAGAAGGCCGACUACGCGGCCCCGCAGGCGCCCAGCUCCCCAGCCACGCCCAGGAUCUCGCAGCCCGGGGACCAGCGGCUGGCGCACAGCGCGGAGAUGUACCACUACCAGCACCAGAGGCAGCAGAUGCGGUGCCUGGAGCGGCAUAAGGAGCCCCCCAAGGAGCUGGACUCCGCCUCCUCCGACGAGGAGAACGAAGACGGCGACUUCACGGUGUACGAGUGCCCCGGCCUGGCCCCGGUGAGUGUGGGGGUGGGCGGUGGGUGUCCCGCCCCUGCCCUGGACCCACCUAACGCCAGCGUUCGCAGACUGGAGAGAUGGAGGUGCGCAACCCACUGUUCGACCACGCCUCUCUGUCCGCGCCCCCGCCGCAGUGACCCGAAGGCUGAUGCCCACCCGCUCAUGGACGCGCUGCCCACGGGUGGGGAGGGGCAGGGCCCAGCCUUUCCCAUUAAAGAGACUGUGUCCUGA